CUUAUUCAAAAAACUUGCCUAACCAGGGAUGGAGCUGCAACUGGCCUGAAGUCGCUUAAUCCUGGGCUAAACCUGUCUGUGAUUUACUGGAUUUAUUAUUCAGUCUUAAUAGUUAUAAUGCUGUGACACUGAAAAGAAAAGAGACGGGACUCCGUUAUACAUGCAUUUCUACUUUUGUCCACCUGGGGGACAAUAAAAAUUGAAAGUGCAUUUUCUGGUUCCAUCACUAAUGUUAUAACUACUGUCUAUAGUUGUUAUAAUAUUGUUUCACCGAGCGUAUCUGAUUAACUUAGAAGUUUUUCUUUAUAUGAACACGUCAGUACUGUUGUGAGGAGAAGGCUGCAACGAGAAUGAGGCGUGUUUGUGGCGGACAGCGGCAGCAGACAGAGAGAAACGGAAGCUCGGAGACAAGAGCUGCGGAGGAAGAAGGCUGAUGGCGGCGACGGCUGCCGAAAAGAAGGCCACAGCAGCUGGACGACACAACAGGAACCCUCAGCGUUUCUGUUCUCAGAUGAAAGCAGACAGUGAUGGAGGAUGCGUCUCUCAACACUUAAGCGCAGCAACGCAUUCUUAGCUGCACAAGAUGGUGGUAGAGACGAAGCUGAGGCAACAGUCAAUCGGGAGCACCAUAAAAGUGUGACCAUAGCACCCAAGACCCACAAUAUGACAGACAGACAUUAUGUGCAGAGAAAGCCCCUGUUCACUGAGGAGCAUCGUGUGUCCAUCUUAAAGAAACUCCCAGAAACGGAGGAGCUUUCUGGACCCAGCAUGAAGCAGUGGGUCAACCCACCACAGAUGCAUGGCCUCUCUCUAAGGGACCUCUCACUUCCCACAGCCUCUGGAGGAAAGCCCAGUUCAACCUCGAUUGUUCCAGAACUGUGCCACAGAGAACCCACUUCAGGAUUAGCUUUCCAUGGCAGAUCAGCUCGGCGAAGCUUCUCCAGCUCAAUUCUAGAGGUUCAGAGCAUAAAUCCUCCUCUGAGGCCACAGCUGACCUCCACAGUUCUUAACCCAACCUACACGCCACGCUCGUGCCACCCCAGAAUAAGCCAAGCCCACUUGAGUUCGAAGGAAGAGAGUGGUGUAGAAGGGACGAAGACGAGUUCUUCAGCGGCGAACUCUGAGUGUUGGUAUCAGGUGGACUAUUGGGCCUGUGCCAUUCCAAAAGCGUUGCCUCCUUCUCCAGACAGAAAGUCUGCUGCCUGGAACCCAAACAAAGAAUAUGAGGCGCUGCUGGACUACACCUACCCUUUGAGACCAGGACAUGUCAACAGGGAAUGGAACUCCCCUGAGCUGCAAGAAGACUCUCUUCUAAGAACUGAGCCAAACAUGAAGGACUCAGGAAUCGAGUUGGACCACUUGUGUAGCUCUGCCAGCCUGUCAGGGUUUGAACCCUCUGAGAGUGGAGUUGGAAGGAGCCGAGACAGAAGCAGCUCACAUGACCCACAUGUGUUCCUCGCAUCCUCAGACGUUCCCCCCUGCAGUACACCGCUCUCCAUUGCCAAUCUCACCAGUUUGUCCGUGGACAGUUUGGACUGCAGCAGGGACAGAGCUGGAAGUGAUCAAAGCAGGGAUGGCGACUAUCAACUCCAUGCAGAAGCCGCCUCUUCGUCCGCUGCUUUCAUCCGUUCCACUAGAGUUCUCCCACGGUCCAGGUGGGUUGGUGAAGAGGUGGAUGAGGAGUUCUGGCCUCUACCAGAGCAGCUGGAGGAACUGCAGCAGCUGUCCAGACAGGUGAGGGAGGUGGCGGCCCAGAUAAGCCCGCCUGCGACGGCCCGCUGUGCAUCUCUUGACCGGGACACCACCUCCAUGCUGCCCUCCAUCACCUCCUCACAGAAAACCCCAGAGACUGCGCAGGACAAACAGGAUGGAUGCGAAGGAACGCAGCGCUGUGCAGCAGAGUCAGCAGCAGCCGGCGGCGGCAGGGACUCUGAGGCUUUGACGAGCAGCGACGGUGUGAGGGGGCAACUGAGUGUGACGGGGGUCAGGGAAUGUUUGCUGAACCAGCUGUGUGACGGCCAGGAGCAGAGCGACUCUCUGACCGAACACAUCCAGCUGUUCUGUUCACAGCUAGAGCUGCUCAUCCAGCAGCUGUAUGCUCUGUCACAGAGCAUGGAGAGGAUUGCUGCUCCUGCAGGGGACAUAGUCAGCGUGAAGUCAUCGCUGGCUGAUUAUCAGAGCUUUCAGAAGGAGUUGAGCAGCCAUCAACCUUUGACAUCUUGCGUCCUCCGUGCUGGACAGCAUCUUCUGAGCUGCAUCAACAGCACCUCUCCAUUUUUAAGAGACACUCUGCUGCUUAUCGAGAAGCAGUCCGGAGCUCUACAGAAUCACUCGGACCACGUUUUCUCCUCCAUCCUCUCCGCUAUGGACAGUCUGGCUCUGCCCACUCACCACAGUCCUGUUCAGCUGAGGGAAGAGAAGAACUCUGCUGGAACCUAAUAGGUCCAGUUUGUGGACAGACCACGAGAAGUCCUGACACUCGUUUUCAAAGUGGCGUUCUCAGCAUUCCGGAGUCGCGACCGUUUACAGAGCCUCACGACUGCCUCCAGUUCAGACCAACCACUGACUGCUUCCCUGGUCAGCUGUUUAAAGCAACUUCAGCUCCAGACAUCCAUCGGCUGUUUUCCAGGUUCCCCAGUCUGGUUGCAGAUACUGCAAGACUGCACUGUUCCUCUCAAGCUUCUCAUAGUGCAUCUAAGUAUGUUUCAGAAAUCAUAUGCAGUCAUAUUCAAUGAAUGAGAAUGUUAUUGAAAAG